AUGAGCACCUUCUCCCCUUGUCACCCAUCUCCACCACAUGACUGUAUGAGCACCUUCUCCCCUUGUCACCCAUCUCCACCACAUGACUGUAUGAGCACCAUCUUCACUUGUCACCCGUCUCCACCACAUGACUGUAUGAGCACCAUCUUCACUUGUCACCCGUCUCCACCACAUGACUGUAUGAGCACCUUCUUCCCUUGUCACCCGUCUCCACCACAUGACUGUAUGAGCACCUUCUUCACUUGUCAACCAUCUCCACAACAUGACUGUAUGAGCACCUUCUUCCCUUGUCACCCGUCUCCACCACAUGACUGUAUGAGCACCUUCUUCACUUGUCAACCAUCUCCACAACAUGACUGUAUGAGCACCUUCUUCCCUUGUCACCCGUCUCCACCACAUGACUGUAUGAGCACCUUCUUCCCCAUCUAA